AUGGCAGAAUGGCCGUGGGAGCGAUGCAUCGCGUUUCCGCUACUCUUUGUCAACAGCAAGACAUGGCUAUUGGUGAGUUUGCUGUUGCUCAGGCUAGAUCUUUUUGUGCCGCCGGCCGACUUUGAGCUUUCCACGAAGAAUUCGGACGAUGCAGGUUCUUCCAACGACAAAAUCGGGACCAACCCGAUCUUUGGUGGGAUCUGGCGACUGUCGCCCGCUGUCAGGCCACUGGGAGCAGUGAUUGCGACCUUGAUACUAUGGUAUGUGAUCACCACGUCUGUGGACAUGGUCGAAAUGGUGGAUCAAGCAAGAAUGUCCUCGAGGAGGAAGAGUGGAAGUACCAUCUGGACGAGCGUCGGCACUUUCGUAGCCACAGCCGGCUGGGCCCUUCGCUGUUGGGCCAAAUCUACCCUCGACGACUUGUUCAAAUACCAAAUUGAGCUUCCGAAUCGUCUCAUCACUGCAGGACCCUUUCAGUACUUGGUUCAUCCAGGAUAUGCUGGUACCAUGGUUCAGAUGCUGGGGAUCUUUAUCUUGUUGGCGGAACCCCUUUCGAAUCGCUCGCUGGCCCUGGUCGUGGUGGUUGCGCUCCAGGCAGUCGCCAUGGAUUCGAUGCGAAUCCGGGUCUUGGAUGAAGAGCAAAGGCUGGCAGAACAUUUUGGAGAUUCCUGGGCCGCCCACUUGCGAGACCGGUGGAGAGGGGUGAUUCUAUGGUAA